AUGAUCUUGCAGGAACUAACCAGACUUAAACUUGCAUGGGAUGAGGAGAUUCCAAGCAAGGAAAUAGAGAGAUGGAAUGAAUGGUUACAGGAACUACCCAAGAUGACUGAAUUCCAGGUCAACAGAUGCAUCAAACCACAUGACUUUGGCAAGGUAGCAGAGUAUAAGCUACAUCACUUUGCAGAUGCUUCAGAGAAAGCCUAUGGAGUCGUUUCCUACCUGCGGAUGAAGGAUGUUGAGGGUCAGGUGCACUGCAGCAUACUAUUUGCAAGGUCACGUCUUGCACCCCUGAAGAGGAUGACAAUCCCACGGCUUGAACUGAUGGCGGCUACACUCUCUGUCACUAUAGACAGUAUGAUACAACGGGAACUGGAUCUGCCGCUCCAAGAGUCAGUGUUUUGGACUGACAGUUCAAUAGUACUUCAUUAUGUGAAGAAUGAGGAUAAACGUUUCCAUACGUUUGUAGCAAACAGAAUUACAACCAUUCAUGAGGGAUCUGAACCAAGGCAGUGGCGACAUGUUAACACUGAUGUCAAUCCAGCCGAUGAUGCCUCGCGUGGACUGACAGCUGAGGAAUUGACUGGACGAUGGAAAGAAGGGCCAAAAUUUUUGUGGUCAGAAGAAUGCGAUUGGCCUAAAAGCUUGACAGUGAAUGAGUCUAGCUUAGAGCAUGACCCAGAGGUAAAGCAAGACAAGACUGGAGUGUUUGCUGCAGCCGAAUCUGAAGUCAAGGCAACAGAUAGACUCCUUGAAAGUUACUCGUCCUGGUUCCGGCUGAAGAAAGGUAUUGCAUGGAUCCUGAAGGUCAAGGAGUGCUUGAGAAGAAAGGCACGCAAAGAUAUGAAUUUACUGGAUAUGAAGCAGCCAGUAACAGUUGAUGAGAUGACUGUAGCUGAAGAAGCAAUUGUCAGAUACGUUCAGCAACAGACCUAUGCUGAGGAGUACAGAGUCUUACAGCAAAAUAAGACUACACAACGGUCACCCACUCGAAUAGCAAAAUCCAGCCCACUAUCUAAAUUGAGCGUGAAACUCACAGACGAAGGAUUGAUAUGCGUUGGAGGAAGACUACACAAUGCACCACUAGAAGAGCAGACAAAACACCCAGUGAUUUUGCCUUCCAAGCAUCAUGUAGUACAGCUUUUGGUGAGACAUUACCACAUUAUGUGUGGUCACUCAGGGAAGGAGUAUGUGCUAUCCCUACUCAGACAACGAUUUUGGAUAAUCAGAGGGAGGUUAGCAGUUCGUCAUGUACUACACAAGUGUUUCACAUGUAAACGUCAACGUGCAAAACCAGUGGAACAGAAGAUGGCAGAUUUGCCGGCAGAUAGAGUGGUACCAGAAAAACCUCCAUUCAGUAACGUGGGAGUUGACUGCUUUGGCCCAUACAUGGUGAGACAAGGAAGGAGCUCUGUGAAGAGAUAUGGAUGUAUAUUCACUUGUCUGGUUAUAAGAGCAAUACACAUAGAGGUACUGCAUUCAUUGGAGACGGAUUCAUUUCUGAAUGCCCUUCAGAGAUUUAUUUCACGCAGAGGACAACCAGAGAUUAUCAGAUCCGACAAUGGUACAAAUUUCAUAGGUGCUGAACGUGAACUGAGGGAGGGAUUGAAACGAUGGAACCAGGAGAAGAUCCACGAUAAUCUCCUUCAACAAGGAAUUGAUUGGAAAUUCAAUCCACCGAGAGCAUCCCAUAUGGGUGGAUCAUGGGAAAGACAAAUCAGAACUACGAGAAAGGUCUUGAAUGCAGUCAUGAAGCAGCAGGUUCUGAAUGAUGAGGGCUUAACGACUCUUAUGUGUCUAGUAGAGGCAAUUAUCAAUGGGCGUCCACUCACCAUAACAUCUGAUGACGCAAGGGAUGCAGAGCCUCUCACACCAAAUCAUCUGCUGCUCCUGAGGUCAAAAAAUGCUCUACCACCUGAUGUGUUCCAGAAACAUGAUCUGUAUGGACGUCGACGCUGGCGGCAGAUUCAAUACCUGGCAGACUUAUUUUGGCACAGGUGGGUGAAGGAAUACCUACCUUCCUUACAACAGCGGCAGAAGUGGCUGAAAGAGACGAGAAAUCUGGAGGAAGGUGACAUCGUGCUGAUUAUCGACAAUCUGCCGAGGAACAAGUGGUUGACGGGAAGAGUAAUCGAAACCUAUCCUGGGAAGGACAAGCUCGUCCGAUCGGUGAAGCUGAAACAUAGCACCGGUAUCCUAGUCAGGCCUGUGCAGAAACUAUGUCUUUUGGAAGAAGCAGAUAGCGUAUUGGUGAACCACAGCGACUAA